AUGGGCCUUCGCGGCUCGGUGCUCCUCGGCUCCCGCUGUCUAAGCAUCCAGACCAGACCGCCUUUGUCCACCUACAACACCGGUCAGCCUACGCAUGAGACCAGGCCCCACUAUCUUCCCACCCCAGGCAACCUAACCCCAGGAAUCAGCGCCUUGGAGUACUACACAAGAAGAUUGGAGCUCAUGAAAGAUCUUCCGCCCAAAUCAAUUGCCAUUUUGCAGGGAAACCAAGUCAAAUACUCUUCAGGAAGUGUAUUCUAUGACUUCCAGCAAGACAACGACUUAUUUUAUCUCACUGGGUGGUUGGAACCUGAUUCGAUGGCUGUGCUUGAAAAGAAAGGCCUGGAGGGGGACGAUGUGAUCCUCCACAUGCUUGUGCCCCCAAAGAACCCCCGGAUGGAGCUUUGGGAAGGAGAAAAGCUGGGAUUGCAAGGUGCUUAUGACUUCUUCAACGCCGACCUUGUGGAAGAUAUCAACAAAGCCCCUCAAUAUAUUGACCUGUUAAUUUCGCUGAAUGAUUAUAUUUAUUGGGAUGAUAGGCUGGGCAAGCGCAACGCCUCCAAGUUUUCAAACUUUUUCAAUUUGGGUGGAAAAGAGUCAAAAUCUGGAACCAUCCAGACUAUCAUAGAAAAAUCCAACAAAACAAAAAUUGCACUUAGUCCUUUGGUGGCCAAGCAGCGGAGCAUCAAGUCGGAAGCCGAAAUACAGGUGAUGCAAGCGGCUGGUCAAAUUUCAGGACGUGCUAUCAAUAAGGCGAUAGCUAAGGUGGGUUCUCCGUCUCCAUUGUAUACCGAAAAGACCCUUGCAAAGUAUUUGGAAUACGAGUUUGUCAAAGGUGGGUGUGACAAGCAGGCUUAUAUUCCAGUUGUUGCUAGUGGUAAGAACGCCUUGACCAUUCACUAUACCAGGAAUGAUGAUUUGCUUUACAGAGACGAGAUGGUGUUCAUCGACGCUGGUGGAAAGCUCGGAGGAUAUUGCGCUGACAUUUCGAGAACAUGGCCCAAUAGUCCAAAUGGGUUCAGCGAACCACAAAAAGACAUCUACCAAGUGGUUUUGGAUGUCAACAAGAAGUGUAUUGAGUUGUGUGACGAAACGAAGGAAAUGUCUGUUCAUGACAUUCAUGAGCAUUCUGUCAAGUUGUUGACCCAAGGCUUAAAGAACUUGCCUGGGUUCGCUGCUGUGACUCCCACUGAUGUUGUUACCACCUUGUAUCCUCACUAUAUCGGCCAUCAUUUGGGAUUGGACUUGCAUGACAUUCCUUCAAUAUCACGGUUCCAAAAGUUGGUCCAGGGUAAUGUUAUCACCAUUGAACCUGGGUUGUAUAUCCCCCAGGAUGACAAAUGGCCCAAGCAUUAUCAAGGUAUUGGGGUUAGGGUUGAAGAUGACAUAGUCGUUGGUAAAAACAGUGACGAUAUCUUGAAUUUAUCUGCUGGGUGCAUCAAGGAGGUAGAAGACAUCGAGGCGUUGAUAAGUAAGGGUGAGGUUACAACUCCAGGCGCUCACGAAGAGUUAAUCAUUUUGGAUAUUUAA